UACAAUAUAGUUUAUACCAACAAUUUCAUAAGAUAUAACUAUAGUUCAUGGUUUAAGGUUAGUGUAUAGGGUAUAGAGUAUAGGGUCAUGGUUUAGAGUUCAGUGUUUGGGUUAUGGACUGACGGUUAAGGGUUGAGGUUAGUUUUAGGGUUAAUUACUUAAUGUUGUGGUUUAGGAUAAUGUAUGGUUGGUGGUUAAAGUUAGUUUUAGGUUUAGAUUUACAAUGGUGUUAUACGUAUGGUUAGGGUUUCUUCAUGGUUAUGCUUUACGAUAGAUAUUUUGAUUUUUAUAGUUUAUUAAUUAAUUUGAUUUUAAUGAUUAAUUUACCUUGUGAAUGUACAUCUUAAAAUAUCAUAUUCAAAUGACAUUCCGAAUUCCGACCAACGGAUCGAACAACAAACUAAUUGAUCGGUAUAAAAUUUAUAAUCCGUAGACUAUAAUAAAUAUCAUAAAAAGGAAGAACUAGAUGUCCAGGGAAAAUUUUUGAAUGCAAAAUUCAAAACCCCCCAAAUAUUUGCUCGAAAGUUGACUCCCAAUAUUUCAUCUAAAAUUGAAAAUUCCCUCCCAUGAUCCCAGCGGACCCAACCUUAUUUUCUGCGACCAAAAAAUAUAUAUUAUUAAUAACUUUUUUAAUUCUUUAAUCAAUUGAGGAUGGAAAAUAUUGGUCUUGAACGAAGGAAAAACCAGUCUUCCUUUCUGUAUUAAAAAAACCUCCCUUUCCCUUAUCCUUUCUGCGCCUUCUCUCUCCUGUAGCCGCGUGCGUCAACCUUGUUAUUCUGCUAACUUGAAGAUUCGUUAGUAUAUACUAACUAAUAUCCAAGUCUGCUAAGUAUCUAGAUAGCACAGACUAGUAUUCAAAAAUCACAAACUAGUAUCCAGAUAGCAUAUACCAACUAAUAUCCACAAUCAACCAACUAGUAUUCAAUAUGGAUACUCUUUUGGGUUAUCUGGAUACUCAUAUGUGUUAUCUGAAUACUAAUUAUGUGUUGUUUGGAUACUAUUCUGUGUUGUCUAGAUAUUAGUUUGUGAAUUUGGGAUAAUAGUUGAUUCAUUGUGGAUAUAAGUUAGCAAACUUUGAAUGCUAGUAUGUGCUCUUUAGAUACUUUAGUACUUGGAUAUUAGUUCGUGUAUUUUGGAUAUCAGUAAGUAUCUGUUAACGAAUCUUCAAGUUAGCAGAUUAACUUUCCCCCGCGUGCGUGCCCGUCUGGCCGUCGUCGUUCAUCUUCUCCGAGCGAAGGAAGUCAAACAAUUUCACUCUCAAUCGGCCGUUCUCCAUCUCCAUAUUCUCACCACAGCUCUCAAAUCAUCCGUUUGACACCUUUCAAUUCUCACCACGUGCUCGAAUCCGCCCCGUGAGUUAAAGUCAAACCUAGAAGUUAAGUCCAAUCCCAGCAAUAUCUAUGGAUUUUCUCAGGUACGUGUCUCCCGCUCUCGGCUCUUCAUUCUGUUCUCUCCUUCUUGUUUUUUUAUUUCUUUUAAUUGUUUUGUUCUUAUUGUGGUCUUGGUUCUCAGUUUUUCUCUUUUGGUAAUGUUUUUCAGUAGCAAUACGGGAUGAGUUGCAACUGCGGUUGAGGGGAAGAGAGCUAAAUAUUGUAUUUGUUAGAGGAGGAAGAGAAGGUAAUGUCACAGCCUGGUCUAUUUUUCCUGUAAUAAAAUUCCAAUUAGUUCAGGCUUCCUUCUGCUACACAUUCUGAUAAUGGAGAGUAAUACAAACAAUACAUGAAUACAAGGACUGCCUACGAAAAGCAGUAACUCGCCACCAAGAACACCCUCAAAGCCUAUUCAAGAACACCACUCAAAGUGAUAAUUUUACCUAACAAACAACCUGCAAAAGAUAUCUACCAUAGCUAAACUAAUUGGUAAACAAGUAACAAACAACCUGCAUUCAGUGUUAGCUGUGAACUUCUCAAUAUUUCUUGUAGCCGGUCAUUGUUACUCUGUCUAUUUAUUCAGUAGCUUCUCCUGGUUGAUUCCUGACACUUCAUGGUCAAAACAACCUUUUCCACAAACUACAAUUGCACUUUCUGUGUUGAAUGUUUUACUUCCUCACAGAAGGUUGUCAUGUUUCCAUUUCCAUUUUUACUAUAUUUUGCUCGCAGUCAUCUUGUUCUGUCAGGGAGCCCUUUUGUUCUUUUUCUGUUCUCUCCUUGUUUCUCAUGGCCUUUGUCUCGGCUGGUUUUUCUUUAUUUUUCAGGUUCAGUUUUGCCCUUUUGUUCAUUGUUUAAUUUAAUUUUCAUCUUCAUAAAAAAAAGGAACCAGAGGAGUUUGAGGAAAUUGCAUUUUUGGGGGUGGUGGCAUUUUUUUGAGGAAAUUGCAUUUAGGUUUGAAUGGGGUUAUGAACAUUGGUGGGAUAUGGUCAUAUGGAUGUUGUUGUAGCUAUUCUUGUUGGGGUUUAUGGGUAUGCACGUUGUUGUUGUUGUUGUUGUUGUUUCUGUUGAGGGGUUCUUGGUUUGAAAGUAGUUUGAUUUGGGCAGGGCGUUGGUGGUGGGUUGGAUGGAGCUCAAGCGGAGAUCGUUUGGUUUCAGCUACAUGGACAGGGUGGUUAGAAGUUAGGACUUAGAAAUUCAUUGUUAGGCUUGCUGUAGGCUAUAGCAUUUACGUUAGUGAGGGUUUCUCAAUCAUGGGAAAAGAGAUUGAAUUAUUGGUAGUGGUUCUUUGCCAAUACAAUUGUCAAGAGUGCUAACUGUAUGCAAACCCUCUAAAAUUAAAAACCUGCAUCCAAACUACCCUAGAUGAAAUUUCAGCAGUCAUGUUAUUGUGUUUGUUGCUUCUUGUUUGAUUGAUUAUGUAAUUCUUUUCGUUUAUUUUUUCAGAAGCAAUGGACGCCAGGGCUAGAAGAAGCAAAAUUUGGAAGAAUUUCACUCAAGUUGAAUAAGAGGAGGAGGUCAAGCUUCAAUGCAACCAUUGCAUGAAGGUUUUUGGAUGCAAUCCUAAUAAGAAUGCACAGUUUCACUGUGGAGGCAUCUUAAGAUGUGCACUAAGAGAAAUCUUCAAGAUUAAUGAAGCCUUAUGUACUUUAUUGUAUUUAAUUCUAUUAUAUCUGCUUAAACAUCAUGUAAUGAUCUCAACUAUCAAGACUCAACAGAUUGUUUCACAGGUUUAUGAUCAAGCAAGUUGUCAGCUUUUUACUUUCUUAUGUUGGUUUUGUAACUUUAAUGAAUUCUGUGCAACAUCAAACUUGUUUAUGAUAUAUUCAAGCAAAAUCUAUUCACUCAUUUGUUUAAUAAUGUACCUUCAUGUUUUUUUCAUUGCAAUAUGGUGAUCGGUGAGUUUGUUUUAAAUUAAUGUAAUAACUAAUUCUAAAAAAAACUCGAUGGUUUGGACCGAACAACCCGCAACCAGUGGCGGAUCCAGGGGGUGGCCAGCCCUUCCCUGGAUCCGGAACUAAUAUAUCCCUUAUUAGUUUAUCGAUUUUAGCCAUUUGACCCAGUGUUAUUUUAUAAUAAAAUUGUGUAUAAUUAGGAAAAUGGGUAAGAUGAACAUAUUCAAAUCAGAACUCUAAAUUUAGCCUGAAAGUUCCAGCUCCAAUGAUUCUCAUGUAAAGAAAAACAAACAAUGAAACCUAAAACUCUAAAGCGUAAAAGACUAAAAGAAAUAUGAGGCUUAUUCCCUUAAGAAAUUACUAGAGCAGCUGAUGAAAAUAGGAAUUGAUACACAAUAUAUAUUGAUUAGUCGAUUGAUUUGUCCAGUGUUGACAUUUGCGUAACAAAAUAAGCGAUGAAUUUCUCGCAAAUUGGUUAACUAUUUUAUCUUAAAGAGAGUAUGUUAUUGGUAUGGAUGUAAACUCCAUUAUUGAUGAAUUCACUAUAUUAAAAUUUUAAAGAUCGACGUGUACAAUUGAUAUUGUAAAAAAAACUGUGAUUUUUUUACUAUAUCUAAUUUUCUAAUGAAAUGCGGCCCAGUGCUCUACUGUGUCCUGGAUCCGCCGCUGCCCGCAACCCGACCUGUUGUAACCCGCAAUUUGAUCAACCCGAACCCAAUUGAUCUGCAACCCGAUCAAUCCGUAACCCGACUGAUCCGCAACACGAUCAAUCUGAACACGAUUUUCCUGCAACCCGAUCAACCCGUAACCCGAUCAACCCGCAACCCGAACCCGCUUGACCAGCAACCCGAUUAACCCGCGACCUGACUGAACCCGUCCCGAACCCGCCCGAUUGACACCUAUAAUUAAAACUCAAGAGAAGUAACCAAGAAUAAAGUAAGAUUUUAGUUCCACAAGAACACAAGUAGCUGAAAGCUAUGAAAGUGAAUAGAUCUUAAAAAUAUCUUGGACACAAUACUUGAACCAUAAUUAAGUCAUUGUCAAUGAAAUUUCUGUGAUACUGCAGUAUUGAAUAUGAUGCAUGUAAAGUAUGAUGUUAUUGGCCAAUAUAUAAAGAAAUAACGAAACUUCUUCAAAGUGCAUGAAGUUUUAGGACCAGGAGUCAUUUAUACCUAAAGAUAUAAAACUUGUGAGAUGCAAACAAAUUCUUGUUGUGCUUAAGGAAAGUGUAAAAUAGUAAGAGAUGUGUUAGUGAUUAAACCCAUGAGUUAGGCACCAUUUCAUUGCAUCUUGAAAAUGCUAAUAACUCCAUAAGAAACGUGUCAGUUAUACCUUAUAUAAUUUCGUAGAGGAAAAAAGAAGUUGUUUAUCAUGCCCAUAUCCCACCAUCCCUAUGCCGCAUGCGAUACCACUGCAAAGGGAACCAUCAAAUUGCAGCAAAAUAACUCCUUCAAGACAUAAUCCAUCACCAACCUGUCGAUAAAUAGGUCUUCCCAAAGAUGGACUAGUGGAUGAUUGCCCAACUCCCGCAGAGGUAGUGACUUGAUGAAGUAGAUGAGGGGAAGAUGUUGUAGACCACUCAUCCAUCUGAGCACAAUAACAAGACUUCCAUACCCUCCAACAUAUGAAGACAAUAGCGGCAACCUACAGUUUAGAGAGAUGACAAUAGAAGAAAAUAUUUUCCAACACAACUUAGGGGGCAGACUAGCUAGAUGUACUCAAAUGUGAAGGUUUUGUCCCCCUCGAAACACACUAGACAAGUAGACAUGUGCUAUCUGUGAGCAAUGUCUUUAUCACCAAAACAGUGUAUAACAAAAGGAACUUUGACACAAGCCUACAUAAGAAAAAUCUAAGUUUGGGCAGUAAAGGAAGGUUCAAUAGAAACUUCCAAAACCUGUGAUCAUAAGGAAACUGAACAGAAGGAUGGGUGCAUUGAGUUCAAUAGAAAGGAGAUGGCACCCAAUUUUGAUUGCGCCAAUGAGUGGAAUGGAAAGGAUGAUCAGUAGCGUAGCAAGAAAUUUAUCUAAGGUAGGUCACCAAGAAAAGAAAAAAAUAUAACCAAAAGUUUUAGGAUGUGUUUAUCUUCUUAAAUUUUUGAAAAUACAUUCAUGCAAAUUAUGAGGGAUGUUAUGAUACCACAACGAAAAAUCGUUCAUGAUUCCACAACUCAUCUUAUUCUGAAGUUGUUAAAAAUCGUUCAUGGUUCCACGACUCAUCUUAUUCUGAAGUGUUUCUUCACUUCGCUUAUGACAGUAAAUGCUCUUUCAACACUUGCAUUGACAGUUUAUAGCAACAACAACUCCUCAGUUUUGAGUUUUUGUUUGUAGUAAACUAACUUACAGAAAAUGUAAAUAUGAAUCACAAAAUAUUACAUUUUUGUAAAAUUGUCUACAAUAAUAUGAGGAUUUUGUAUUUAAUCCAUAAUUACAUAAAAAUUUAUCUACAUUUUUUGGUCCAAGGUGGUGCAAAUGACCCACCUUGCUUUGAGUGGCUCCGCCACUGAUGGCCAUGAUUGAUUCCUGCUAAAAGAUUGAGCAAAGUAGUGGAUUAUUCCAAUCUCGAGAAUAAGGACAAAUCAAUUCAGAAAUCCAUUGAUGGUAGAGAGAAACCCCCCCCCCCCCCCCCUUUCUUUCUUUGAAAGAUGCUUGAAUGUUGGGUUUUCUUAGGUAAUUCAUUGUCUCCUAGUUAGGUUAAUGCAGGGAAAACCUCCUAUUUCGUAUUAGCACUUAGGUUUGGUUUUGGGUGGCGGUCGAACUCCAAUUCGAGGGUGAAGUCUAACCAAUCCUUAUUCAAUAGGUUGAGAGAGUGACAUUAGUGGUUUGGAUCGUAUCCCCUUUCCUCGACCUAGAGACUAAUAGGGUAGCUUUGGUUACUUGCUGGACUUCCCUACGGUUUACAACCCCCUCACCACACACGGCCAUUCGAUCCAUCAAGUUGUAAUUUCUAUCUAGGGGGAGCAACACCCGGGUGAAUCCUUCUCAAUUAGUGUCAAAACCAUUUCUCUUUGCAAGUACUUUAGCUUUAAAUCUUUGUUUUCACCAAAACCAUCCGCUAGAUAAUGUUUCAAACAAUUGAAGUAGCGGUACAUGGGCCGGCCCGGGUUGAUAUGUAAACAUACUUGCCCUAUAUUUCACCCAUCUAAGGUUUAUACUUGGACCUUAGGUGGAAUUUUAUUGUGAUAGUCGGAGCGAGUCAAGUUUUUAUGCUUGUGCUAGACGUGUUGUGUUCUUUAAGUGUGUGUAGGGAGGUGCAUUACCCCCAGCAAUCCAGCGCCUUUAACACCAUUGAACAAGAACAUCAACCGGACUCUCCAACUUUUAGCUCGUGAGAGGGAGCUAGCAGAGGCAAGAAUGAGAAUUGAAGAGAGGGGACAUCAAGUUGGUCCCAGAUUUGAAGGAUUUGAAGGAGAAGUUGAAGUUGAGAUAGCAGGGAAUCAACAUCGAGGUGCUGAUCCACUUCAAAACCCAAAUGAGGAAGCGGGAGCCGAGGAAGAGCCAAGGACUAUCGGUUAUUACAUGGCUCCACGGGCAGUGCAUAUCCAAUCUCCCAUCUUACAUUCACCUGUGGCCGCCAAUAACUUUGAAAUCAAGCCCGCUCUUGUGACGAUGAUUCAAAACAACGCCUUAUUCCACGGGCUUGCCAAUGAACCACCACGAGAGCAUGUCCAAAGGUUUCUUGAGCUUGCGAGAAUCUUGAAGAUAAAUGGAGUGCUCGAGGAAGCAUUGCAAUUGAGGCUUUUCCCUUAUUCUUUGGCGGGGAAGGGUAUCCGAUGGCUCAACAACCGUUAGGCUCGAUCCAUCACCUCUUGGGACUAUUUACUCAACAAGUUCAUGACCCGAUAUUUUCCUCCUUCAAAGACGGCCAAGUGGAGAAAGAAGAUCACUCACUUUGAGCAAGAUGAAGAUGAUACGUUGAGGGAUGCAUGGGAAAGAUUCUCCGACUAUUUCCUUCAAUGCCCACACCAUGGAUUCAAGGAGAAAUUUCGGAUAAAGACUUUCUAUGGAGGUCUCAUUCAAGAUGAUAAGAUUCUCAUCGACUCUCUUUGCCAAGGGAAGUUGAUGAACAUGACCCCACCUCAAGUGACCGAGUUGCUCAAAUAUAUGUCUCUCAAGGGAUAUCAUUGGGGCUUGACAAGAAGUGGGAAGAUAAGCACCAAAAGAGGAGUGCAAAGUGUGGGAGCAAGUGCUCCAUUUGAAGAGAAUCUUGACAAGUUGAUCGAGGUGAUCCUUGAGGACAAUAAGCAAUGGAAUGGAGCGUUGAUGUUUUGUAGUUGGUUUUAGAGAACUAAUCAUGAAAUUGUGGAUUGCCAAGCGAUGAAGGAGACAAGUACCCCCGAGGAGCAAGUGAGUUUCAUUGCCAAUGCUAUAGGGAACAACCCUUAUAGCAACACCUACAACCCCGGGUGGUGCAAUCAUCCAAACUUUGCUUGGUCUUCCCCUACCAAUCCAAGACCUCCCAGUUUCCAAGGUCUAAUUGGAAACUAUCAACCUCGGCAAACUUUCAUCCAACAAAGGCCUCAAUUCUAAAACUCGAACUUCCAAAAACCAUACCAAGCACAAGGUGGUCAAGGGUUCCAACAAAAACAACAAGUUGACAAGUUCUCUAGGCUUGAAGACCUUGUGACCACCUUUGUGAGUACAACCUCAAAGUUUACCUCAGUUGAGGCAGGAUUCUGAAGUCAUCAAGCAAGUCCCCAAAACUUGGAAGUACAAAUCGGUAGUCUUGUCGGGAUCCUCGCCGAGAGACUAAAGGGAUCCCUACCCUCUCAAACCAUUACCAACCCCUAGGAUCCUGCCAGGGUGAAUGCAAUUCAUUUGAGGAGUGGGAAGGUGACUGCGGAGGUAGUUGUCAAAGAAGUGAACGAGAAGGAAGACCCUCUACCCGAGGGUGGAGAAGAAGAAACCUCGGGAGAAAAGAGAGGAGUGGUGAGGAAGGCAUCAUCGACGAGUUCGAAGACCUCGCCAACGUCACUCUAAGUGAGGAGUGCUCAGCCUUCAUCCUCAAGAGGUUUCCCAAGAAGCAACCCGAUCCAGGUAGUUUUUCCAUACUUCUUUGCAUCGGUACUCAUCACAUAGAAUAUUCCUUGGCGGGCUUAGGGGCGAGCAUAAAUGUGAUGCCCUUUAAGCUUUUUAAGUGUCUAGACAUAUGCGAACUAAAGACUACGAGGCUUAGUGUCAUAUUGGCCAAUCGCUCUUGCAUUAGUCCUAUGGGCAUUGUGUAGGACGUGCUGGUAUGGGUGGGAAAUUUUUGUUAUCCGACGGAUUUUGUGAUCCUGGAUAUAAGUGAGGAUUCUGAGAUGCCAAUCAUACUAGGACGCCCUUUCCUUGCUACCGCCAAGGCAUUAAUUGACGUAAAUGAGGGAACUUUGAUUCUGAGGGAUGGUGAGGAGAGAAUUACUCUUGGAAUUGAACCUCAGCCGAGGAGUGAUUAUGUGAAGGAAGUGGAACCAGGUGAUAUGAAUGAAAGUGGAGGAGAACCUUGCAAGUUGAACCCCACUAUUACUGUUGUUCCUUGAGAUGAUGUGAAGCAGGAAAGCAAAGAGGCCAUCUCGUCCAUAGAAGGAAGGAAAAGAGCUUGUAGGGAACGGAUAAGUCUUGCUAAUGCCCGGAGGAAAGAAAAGGGCAAAGCGAAAGUCAUUGGCCAAGAAGGUCACCCCAUGGAGAGUAAGUUAGGAGGUGACAUGACUCGCCUUGAGAUCGUGGUGGAUCCACUCUUAGUGGCAUCACGUUCAAAGGCAUGAUAGAUCCGCACCGUCAAGCUAGUGACGUUAACUUAGCACUUGUUGGGAGGCAACCCAAUGUAGAUUUUUUUUUCUUUUCCUUAUUUUUGUUUUUGUGUCGAGUGAAGAGUUCAAGUGGUAUCCCCAUGCCAGGUCUUUGUGAAUGUGUGUUUUGAGUUGGUCGUGAAUGAUAGUAGGCACGGCGGAGUAGGUCGAGUAAAUUUUUUUUAAAGUGCCAUGUUUUCACUGUCGUUCACGGACGGAUUGCUCUAUUCACGGUCUUAAUCAACCGUGAAUAGUCAA